GGCUUAUAAAAUUGGAAAGCUUCCGGUAACGUGACGCCGUGUCAAGGGUCAUUUCCGAUGACGUCAUUAACAUGGCUGUCCCCAUGGAUGAGUCUCAUGCAUUGCAGAGUGUGAAUUAGAAGAGGACCAAACACAGCAUGGAAGACGUGGGGGGCCAGAAAAGCUUCCCUGAUUAUCAGGCAAAGAUAAAUACAGCUGAACUUGAAAAUAUGGAAGAAGACAACAUACCAGAUGCCAGUAAGCUGGAUAAAGAUGAGACCAAAGCACAUGGUGAAGUUGUUGAGCUCCAGAAAGAUGUUCCAAAAAGUGCAGAUGGCACAGAGUGUAUGGAAGAUGGGGCGGCAGCAAGUGAAACUGCAGCUGAGAUGUGUGAUGAUUCAGAGGAAACUCAUGACGCUGGAAUGUAUAGAUAUAUUAAGGAUGAUCUUUUCACAUCAGAGAUUUUCAAAGUAGAGAUCCAAAACUUGCCAAAGUAUAUUGGCUUCAAUGACGUAAAGAAGUUCCUUGCAAAAUAUGGAUUACAUCCUCAUAAAAUUAAACUCAUGCACAAGCAAACGUUUGCAUUUGUAACCUUUAAAAGUCAGGAGGAAAGGGACAAAGCUAUGAGAGUCGUACAUGGGGUGAUGUGGAAGAACAGAGCAUUGUCUGUUCGGCUUGCAAAACCCAAAGCUGAUCCUAUAAUGAAGAAGAGAAAACAAGAUGACGAUGAAAAGGAACAGUCAGAUAGUAAGAGGAAGGCUGUGCAGGAGAACGCUCCGGAGGAGCCCCUCAGCAAGCAGAUUGCAGAUGUGGUGACUCCCCUGUGGAAGGUUCCAUAUGAAGAGCAACUGAAAAUGAAAGAGCAAGAAUGUGAACAUGUGCUGCAGAGGCUCACAAAGGAAAUUGGAAGCAAUAACAAGGCGCUCUUACCAUGGUUAUUUGUCCAAAAACAGAAAUACAACAAAGUAUGCUGCCCCUUAGAAACAAUAAAGCCUUCUCCUGUUCAGACAGAGUAUAGGAACAAAUGUGAAUUUCUGAUUGGUUCUGGUGCCAAUAAUAAAGAAAAGACUGUGGGAUUUCGACUGGGAAAGUACAAAGGAGGAACUUGUGCAGUUGUGGAGCCGUUUGACACUAUUCACAUUCCCUGUAUUACCAAGAAGGUUGUCAAGGCUUUUCAAGAUUAUAUUAGGGCAUCACCAUAUGUAGUCUACAGUCCAGAGACAUAUGAGGGUCACUGGAAGCAGCUCACAGUCAGGACGAGCAGAAAAGAUCAUGUUAUGGCCAUAGUGUAUUUUCAUCCGCAGAAACUGAGCAAGGAAACUCUGGCAGAGUUGAAGUCUUCUCUGGCAAAUUUUUUCACAGAUGGUCCAGGAAAAGAUAGCGGUAUCACCUCACUUUAUUUUGUGGAGGAGGGUCAGAGAAAAUCUCCAAACCUGGAAGAUUUACCUGUUGAGCAUGUGACUGGAAGCCAUUACAUCUAUGAAGAACUGCUAGGCUUAACCUUUCGGAUUUCACCCCAUGCUUUCUUUCAGGUUAACACACUUGCAGCAGAGGUUUUGUAUUCGGCCAUUGCAGACUGGGCACAGCUGGACCAGAACAGCACUGUAUUGGAUGUUUGCUGUGGGACAGGAACUAUUGGAAUCUCCUUGGCAAAGACAGUGAAGAAGGUUGUGGGAAUUGAACUGUGUCAGGAAGCCAUUGCAGAUGCCAAAGAUAAUGCCAAGAUCAAUAACCUGAACAAUAUUGAAUUUCGAUGUGGCAAAGCUGAAGAUAUCUUCCCUACCCUAAUAAACUUUUACACUGCUCAGAAUCCUGUGGCCAUAGUUGACCCACCAAGGGCUGGACUUCAUUCCAAAGUUAUUAUUGCAAUCCGAAAAGCUGAACAUGUGAAACGUCUGAUCUAUGUAUCCUGCAAUCCAAAGGCGGCAUUGAACAACUUUGUAGAUCUGUGCCGGGCUCCUUCAAACCGUGUAAAAGGUCGUCCAUUUAGACCUACCAGAGCUAUGGCUGUGGACCUCUUUCCUCAAACCCCACAUUGUGAACUUCUCAUUCUUUUUGAAAGAGUGGAGUAUACCGAGAGUGCCAGUAAUUCUGCCCCAGACGUCGUCCAUGAACAUACAGAGGGUUGUCAGCAAGAUGGCAAUACAGAAAAAGAAUGCCAUACUAAUUCACAAGCAAUAAAUGCCUAGAUCUGCACAUACUGUUGAACUACAUUUUUUUAACCAUUAACAUUUAUAGUAUAGCAAUAGCUUACAGGACAGACUUAAUACAAUCAGUACUGCAAAAUGUACAUUAUCUUACUUGGUAAAUCACUUUUUUUUAACUACAUGUAUUGCAGACUAUACACAACAGUAUCACCCAUCCUAGGUGAUAGCUGAUGCAUUGGUCCAUAGUGCACACAUCUGUAUUCAAGGAGGUCUACCAUUAAAUUGUGUUAUACUGGAGCUGAAAAUGUAAUUGUUUCUUAAUAUUCAUGUUAGCAUUGACUUCUGCUUCCUAUAUAGUAAGAGCUCAGAUUACUUUUAUAUUGUUGGUUCUGUGAAAUAAAUAUGCAAAUUUUCUUUAUGUCCCAAAAUAAAAUAAAUUUCUGUUUGCAUUCAAAAUUGGUGCAAAUGGACUUUCAGCUAAACCACUACGUUUAAAAUUCCCUUCCUUCUAUAUCCACCCCUUCCAACUUAUAACAGCAUUGUAUAAGCUACCAACAAAUCAAAUGUGUAUUGGGAGCAUCUGGUGACACUAUUCUGGAUUUGUCCCCUGACAUGUAGGAUUUCAGUGGUGCCAUCAUUUGUUCUGCUCCCACUCUCCAUAGUCAUAAACUUGGACUAGCCAAGCAUGCAUGGUUAACCCUUAGUUCAGACCUGAGCGUUUUACAGCGCGUUCCUACACGCUGUAAAACGCUCAACACUGAGAAACCAAUGCUUCCCUAU